CUGCGUGACGGAAGGACUCUUGCGUUUGGAUGCAGACAGAGCUGAUGCAGCAGCAGCAGCAGCAGCAGCAGAUCUGAAGAGAGAAACUCAUGAGCGCUCCCAAAAUGAAGGGAAGCACAGGUCUUCUCUUCAGCCUCAUCCUAGCAGCGUGUUCCUGUGGCAUCGCUGCUCAGACAACAGUUUGUGAAAAUGUCACUGCAGCCGACAUCGUCUUCCUGGUCGAUGGUUCCUCCAGCAUUUCACCUCAAAGCUUUCAGGAUAUCCAAAGAUUUCUCCACAGCGUCAUCAUGGCUCUUGACAUUGGCCCCAAAAAAGUUCAGAUCGGCUUGGCACAGUACAGUGACGACUUUCAUCCGGAGUUCCUCCUGAAAGAUCACAAGGACAGGAAGUCAUUGCUGGAUGCAGUGGAAAAAUUGUCCCUCCGAGGAGGGAUAACAAACACGGGCAAGGCCAUCGACCUCCUCCAGAAACGGUACUUCACCCCAGCAGCAGGGAGCAGAGCCAACCAUCGGAUUCCUCAGAUUGCUGUGGUCAUCACAGAUGGAGUGUCCAAUGAUGACGUGAUUGCACCUGCCCAAAGACUGAGGGAUAAGGGAGUCAUUGUGUUUGCCAUAGGGGUGGGAGAAGCAAACGUACCGGAGCUCGAGUCCAUCGCCGUCCUCUCCCCAAAGGAUUUUGUUUUCACCAUUGAUAAUUACCAGGCUCUGGCCAGGCUGAAGGAGACUCUGCUGUCAACUGUUUGCAAGUCUGUGGAGGCUUUGGCGGACAAGUAUGCAGAUAUUUUCUUCUUGGUGGACAGUGGCAUAGCCCAAGGACCGUUCUCCAUGUUUAAGUCAGAGCUUACCAAAUUGAUCAAACAGAUUCCUGUUGGAGCAUCCAGUUACCGCAUUGGUUUGGCUCAGUAUGCUCAAGAUACCAAGGUUGCAUUCUUACUCAACUCUUUUCAAACCAAGCAGGAGACGAUCAACGGUGUACAAUCUUUCCGCCUGCAGCCACAACCCUACGAACAACAUAACCUGGCCAGAGCUCUGGAGUACGCCAAUACUCACUUUUUCACCAAGGAGGCAGGGGGUCGUGCACACCGGGGCUCCAAACAGUUCCUGGUCGUUGUGACUGGAAAAGACUCAGUUGGUCCUGUGGACAGGGAGGCUUAUUAUAUUGAAUCAGCAGGGAUAAAUAUUGUGGGGAUGAAUGCAGGUGCAGACAUGAGAUUAGUACACGUUCUUUCCAGUGCAGGUUAUGCAUUUGAUUCUCCCAAAAUAACUCUUCUGAGAGACAUUGUCACUUCUGUGAAAAAGGAGAACAUAACUGAAGAUUGCAAAGAAGCCAAUGUGGCAGACAUUGUGUUCAUCGUAGAUGAAUCGGGGAGCAUUGGACACGACAACUUCCAUUUGGUACGUCAUUUCCUGAACUCGAUCGUGAGUAGCCUGGAUGUCAGUUUGAAUAGAGUCCGAAUUGGCUUGGUUACGUACGGCGACAGCCCCACAGCCCACAUCUACCUCGAUACGAAAAGAGGCAAGGCCGACAUCCUGCAGUACAUCAGCGUCCUGCCUUACAGAGGUGGUGGUACAAACACUGGAGCUGCCCUAAACUUUGCACGGGAAAAAAUCUUCAUUAAAUCAAGGGGCAAAAGGAAAGGAAGUGUCCAGCAGGUGGCAGUGGUGAUCACAGAUGGUUUAUCUCAGGAUAGUGUGAGCGAUGCUGCAAUCAAACUUCGUCGGGAUGGUGUCACCAUUUACUCUGUAGGAAUCAAAGUUGACGAUAAAUCAGAGCUGGAGGCGAUGGCGUCUCACCCCAGCCAUAAAUAUGUUUUUAACGUAGAUAGUUUCACCGACCUGAAACGCCUGAAGCAAGACCUGCAGAAAGUCCUGUGCAGCAACAUCAUUCAAGAAGUGUUCACUGAAAGCACAGACAAAAAAGACAUCAAACAAGCGUGUGAACAAAAGGAUGAUGCAGAUAUCUUCUUCCUGAUGGAUGACUCAGGAAGCAUUGGUAAUGAAGACUUCAAAGACAUGCAGAAAUUCAUCAUUGGGUUUAUUAAGGCCUUCCAUAUUGGGGAAAACCAUGUCCGCAUAGGGCUUGUGAAAUACUCCAAAAAUCCAACUGUGGUAUUUGAGCCGACAACCUAUUCAGAUGGUAAAACGAUCGAGAAAGCCGUAGAGAAUAUUUUGCAUGAAGGAGGUGGGACAAACACAGGACAAGCACUGGAAUACAUGAAACAAGAAAUUGAGAAAGCAAAGAACACGCGUGGUUACAAAGUCCCACAGUAUCUGAUCGUCAUCACAGAUGGAAAAUCACAGGAUGAAGUCAAGGCUCCUGCAAAAGAUUUGAGAGACCAAGGUCUCACCAUCUUUGCUGUCGGAGUGAAAGAAUCUGACCAGAAGCAGUUGGUUGAAAUUGCCGGCGACAGUGAGAAUACUUUUUUUGUCAGUAGUUUUGAUGCCCUGACGCACCUCAAAGAUGACAUCAUCAGAACCAUCUGUUCUCCAGACGCUUGUAAAGACAUACCACUCGACAUCAUGUUCUUAGUUGACAGCUCUUGGAGUAUCUCUGAUGAGGACUACCUGAAAAUGAAAGAUUUCAUAAAAUCUAUCAUUAAAAAGUCUGCCAUCGGGCAGAAUCAGGUGCAUGUUGGUGUCAUGCAGUACAGCACUGAUCCACAAUUGGAGUUUAAACUUGACAGACACUACAGCAAAGAUAAACUGUUGAACGUCAUCGAUGCUAUGCAGCACAUCAAACAAAACACCCAGACAGGAAAGGCCAUCACAGAGGUGUCGCGGUAUUUUACUAAUUCCCAGGGAGGGCGUCCUGGCCUGGGGCAGAGACUGGUAAUUAUAACAGAUGGUGAAUCCCAAGAUGACGUCAAAGGCCCUGCUGCAACUCUUAGAGACAGCGGAGUGGAGAUCUAUGCCAUUGGAGUGGGGGAGGCUAAAUACCCCCAGCUGGUAGAGCUUGGCGGUUCAGUGGAAAACAGCUUUUAUCUGAGCAGGUUUGAUGCUCUGAAGGAAUUGGAAAACCACCUGAUUUUGAAACUCUGUUAUGACGACUGUAAGAAGACUCAAAGAGCUGACAUUAUUUUCCUUGUGGAUGGCUCCGGAAGCAUACGACAACCCGAGUUUACAAGCAUGCAAAUAUUUAUGAAGUCAAUAGUGGACAGAACCACAGUCGGCAAGGACCAGACUAAUUUUGGGGUCAUCAUCUACGCCAAUGAACCACAUUCUGUUUUUAGUCUUGAAGAGCAUUCUUCUUCCAAAAAAGACGUUCUUGAUGCAAUUACAAAGGUGAGACAACCAGAGGGAUUGACCUACACAAGCAAAGCCUUGAAAUACUCCUUACAGUACUUUGGGGCUGAACAUGGUGGCCGAAGAAAAAAAAAGGUGCCUCAGAUUCUCAUGGUGAUCACAGACGGUGCUGCCACCGACUCUGAUGCUCUGGAGUUGUCAUCAAAUGAACUGCGAACAAACAACAUCCAAGUCUUCAGCAUCGGAAUCAGGGACGCAUCCAUGGAACAGCUGUAUACCAUGGCUGGUAACGACAAAUCCAAAGUUUUCUAUGUGGACAAUUUUGACGCCCUGGAAAUGCUUCACAAGAAUAUUUCUUCUGUUCUCUGCAAUACCACUAAGCCAGCUUGUGAGAAAGACAAGGCAGAUGUGGUCUUUCUACUUGAUCAAUCAAGUAGCAUCGGCGAUGCUAAUUACAGUAUCAUGAUAAACUUCGUGGAACAACUUGUGGAGAGCUUUGACGUCAGGGAAGAGGAUAUACGUGUUGGAGUUGCUCAGUUCAGUGAUAUAUUUCAGGAUGAGUUUCACCUCAACAAGUAUUCCAAUAAGGAGGACGUGAUCGCACACAUGAAGAAAAUGAAAUACAGUGGUGGAGAAACCUUAAUUGGAAAGGCUUUGCAUCACAUUAAGGGGUACUUCGAGCAGUCAAAUGGUAGCCGUAGGUUUGCUAGGAUCCCACAGAAUCUGGUGUUGAUCACAGAUGGUGAAUCUCAAGAUGAUGUGGAGGAGGAGGCUGAUAUUCUCAGGGCUAUGAACAUAGAGAUGUUCGCCAUUGGUGUGGGAGACGUCCAUGACCUGGAGCUCCUGCAGAUCACUGGCACCCCAGAGAGGCUGUUCAAUGUGCAGAACUUCAAGAGCUUGGUAAAGAUCAAGCAAAAGUUGAUUGACGAAUUCUGUAAAGAACCAGAGGAGCAAUCUGCACCAUGCUCCAUUGAUAUCGCCAUGGGAUUUGAUAUUACCGAAAGGAACAGGGCACUUGGUGAGAUGCUGGUCAGCGGUCACCCCAAGUUAAAGACCUUCCUGCCAGAGAUCACCUCUGAUCUUGCCUCAGUACAAGGCCUGUGCUGUGUUAAGCCUGACCAACCUGUGGAAACCAAAAUUGCGUACUAUGUCUUCGAUCGUAAUGGACGCACUUUGUAUGACACAAACUUUGAACACUACAGUGAGGAUGUGGUGCAGAAAGUCAUGAGCCAUCCAGUGUCGGAAUCUACCUUCUUCAACACCGCCCUACUAAAUGCCUUCAAGGACAUGUUCCAAGCCAAGUCCAAAGCUAAUGUGAAGGUGCUGGUGAUCUUCUCAGACGGACUCAAUGAAGACGUGAUGAAACUGAAACAAGAAUCAGAGCGGCUGCAACAUUCUGGGGUCAGCGCUCUGCUGAUUGUGGCUCUGGAGAGAGUGAAUGACCCCACCCAGCUGCAGGAGGUGGAGUUUGGCCGCGGGUUUACAGACCGCCGUCCUCUGCGCAUCGGCAUGCCAAAUGUGGGCAGCACCGUCCUCAAAUUGAUUAACACAGUGUCAGACAGGGUGUGCUGCAACGUCACCUGUAAAUGUGUAGGACCUCCAGGUCCCCGCGGUCUUCCAGGAACACCAUCGUCAAAGGGUGAAACUGGACAGAAGGGUCAGCCAGGCUUCCCGGGAGAAGAGGGAGUCAGUGGCGAGCGAGGGCCUCCAGGACCUCCUGGACCUCCGGGCCUGCAGGGCUGUCCUGGAGUCAGUGGACUGAAGGGCUCCCGAGGCAUCUCAGGCAACAGGGGGGACAACGGAGAAGAGGGACUGGACGGAGUCGACGGAGAGCAGGGAUCUACGGGAACAGACGGACUUAAAGGACAGAGAGGAAACGCAGGAAACCCAGGUAUCCCGGGUAUCAGAGGGCAGCCUGGACUGAAAGGAGAUCGAGGACUGAGAGGAGAUCCGGGUGAACCGGGUAAUGACAACAAUGUCCCAGGACCCAAAGGACACCGGGGCAACCCAGGUUUACCGGGUACACCUGGACCAGAUGGGCGGCCAGGUGAGGGGGGGGUCAUUGGAAACCCGGGUCCAGAUGGGAGAAGAGGUCUUCCUGGAGUGAAGGGUGCACCUGGAGAGCCAGGACUCAGUGGACUCCCGGGAAGCCCAGGUGCUGCUGGUACACAGGGACGCCGAGGGCCCGACGGUGGCCCAGGGCCGAAAGGAAUCUCUGGAUUUCCUGGACCUCAGGGUAAACAUGGAGGACCCGGAGAACCAGGAACACCUGGACGUCACGGCCCAAAUGGUCAGAAGGGUCAACCGGGAGAUCCGGGCGUGAAGGGCUCUCCAGGGCCACGGGGACCCAGAGGACAGCCGGGUCAGGAUGGUAGAGAUGGUUAUGGACCUCCAGGAACCAAAGGUGCCAAGGGAGAUCCUGGUUUUCCUGGAUACCCUGGUUUACUGGGUGAAGAUGGUCUGAAUGGAACCAAAGGUUAUCCAGGAAAAAAAGGGAACGACGGUCGGGACGGGAACUCCGGCACACCAGGAGGACCAGGCGAUCCUGGAGGCCUGGGUCCUAAAGGACACAUGGGUCCCCGAGGUUCUCCUGGAAACAGUAGCCAUACUGAGUGUCAGCUGGUCAACUUAAUCAGAGACAACUGUGCUUGUUGUUCUGAUCGAUCAGAGUGCCCAGUCUUCCCCACAGAGCUGGUGUUUGCUCUGGACAUGUCUGAAGAGGUGAGCGAAACUGCCUUCGAGAAGCAGCGCAGUGCUCUCCUCUCUCUGCUGAAGGGCAUCAUCAUCUCCCAGAGCAACUGUCCAAGAGGUGCCCGGGUUGCAGUGGUGGGAUACAGCACCCACACCAAGUACCUGAUCCGCUUCCAGGACUACAGCCAUAUAAAUCAAUUGACCGAGUCUGUGAAGAAAAUCACCCGGGGACGCACAGGUGACCGGCACCAGCUGGGGGCCGCCAUGCGCUUUGUGGGUCAGAACGUGUUCAAACGUGUCCGAGCAGGAAGGAUGAUGAGGAAGGUGGCAGUAUUUUUCACUGGUGGGCCAUCCCAUGAUGUUAAAGACAUUGUUACCGCCAUGAUGGAGUACAGAGCUUCUAACAUUUUACCAGCAGUCAUCUCUCUGCAAAAUGCUCCAGGCAUUCUUCGAGCCAUGGAGGUUGAUGACUCGAGACACUUCAUCUUCAAAGUGCUGGGGGAAAACAUGGAUAUUGACUUAAGGGAUGUCAAGCAAUGUGCAAUCUGUUACGACCCCUGCAAGUAUUCAGAGCGAUGCUCCUUCCUCCAGAAGCCAGUGCAGCCUCAGGAGGUGGAUAUGGACCUGGUCAUGGUGGUGGACAGCUCCAGGGAGAUGCAGGCUGAUGAGUACGCUGGCAUGCAGCAGCUGCUGGGCUCUGUGGUGGAGCAGCUGGUCGUUAGCCCCCAGCCCCGCCGAGUCGACCACCAGGCCCGGGUGGCUGUCGUCCAGCAGAGCGGCACCCGGGCUCCCAAGGUGGAGUUUGGAUUCCAGACCUACCAGGACCACAACAUGAUGAGGAGACACCUGAUCCAGAACAUGCGGCAGCAGGGCGGCUCCUCGGCUCUGGGACAGACGCUGGAGUUCACCCUGAGGGAGGUGCUCAUGAAGGCCAGCCAGCCCCGCAGGAGGAGGGUGAUGAUGGUCGUCGUGGGCACAGAGACGGCUUACACCGACCGGGUCAUCCUGAAGUACAUCUCCCAGAAGGCCAAGUGUGAGGGGGUGGCGCUGUUUGUGGUGGCGGUGGGCGAUCGAUACAUCCGGACGGAGGUGGAGGAGCUGGCCAGUCUGCCUGUCCAGCAGCACCUGAUCCACGUGGGCAGACUGAAGGCCGACGAGCAGGGCUACGCCCAGCGCUUCUUCAGAGUCUUCCUCUCUGCCCUCAACAAGGGAAUGAACACAUAUCCUCCUCCAUCAAUAAAACCGACCUGCGGUCAGCUGGCCCCUCUGGGGGGAGGACAAGUCUUCUCAGAGGGUCAGGGGUCGGCAGAGCCUGAUGAGUGGGUGGCAGACGAGCCGGAGCAAAGGCUUCAGACACAAGGAGGAGAGAGUCAGACCAGACUCAUCCACGGUUUGACGAGAGGCCAGAGUCCAGUCUUAGGACACUACAUCAAUGGUUCAAACAUCCUGCACAAGACACAGCAGCUGACCAGCUCAGUCUACAAAGAUGUUUGUUCACUCAGACACGAGGCGGGCGGCUGCAGGAACUACACCCUGAUGUGGUUCUUCAACAGCAGCCGGCAGCGGUGUUCCCCCUUCUGGUACAGCGGCUGCGGCGGCAAUGAGAACCGCUUCAAGACGCAGAGGGAGUGCGAGACCGUCUGUGUGACUCCAGGAGGAAGAGAAGAUGUCAUCAGCCGCAAGAACAAGAUUGGCUGAAGAAACCCCGUCAGUCUGCACCAACCGCGAAUCAGGAACACUUUAAAAACAUGCGAGUUCAAGGAAAAGUCCGAACACAUCCGGGAGCGUUUAAACUGAAUGUUAAAAUCAGCAGCUGCUCAUUUACAAGCUUCUGUGUGAGGAAGAGUCCUUUCUUUUUUUUCUUGAACAUGCAUGUUUUAUUCCACACCCCCCCCACCCCCCCCCC